CUCCUCCAUUAUUCCGCCUUGUUUCCCUCCAUCAUCUCUGCUGAGCUCUCAGUGCUGCUCGGACGUCGCUUGAAGGUGCAGACCCGCCGAGUCCCGCUCUUUGGGGUUACAUAGAGGAAAGUCAGACGACAUUACGCCUUCAAAAGCCCAGUGUUAGACUAUUUAAGUGUAGACGACGGUCAUUUCACCGCCUUUGAGCAGUUGAUUUACAGUAAAAAAUGGAUCCAAUGACUCAGUCCGCCCAGAUAUCAUCGUCGCAAGGGCUUGCCGAUGGACAGAAUUCAGCUGCAAAAGAAUCAAAGAUGUCCGAUUGCUUUCUUUCCUCUUCGCCUGUAUCUCUCAUUCAGUCUCCUCAAGACAAAAGAGUUGUCCUGGGCUCUGACAAGCCCUGCGAAGGUGUAGCGACAUCCCUUCGCUUUCCUUCUCAACCUGGCUCGUUCACCCCUGGUAACUUCGGGAGUGAGGCAAGUCCGCCAGAUGAACAACCAGAUUCACCGAUAAAGACGUCCCCUGUUUCAGAGCGAAUAAAGGCGCUGGAAGCUCUUGCUGCUAAAAAGAAGGAGCCUGAUUUUAGAAGUGAUGGAGGUUUCUCGCAUUACAGAGACCGCCACCAUGAGAAAUCUGAGAAAACUCCCACUGAGACUCCAAAAACUCCCACUGAGACUCCAAAAUCCCUCGCUGAGACGCCAAAAUCCCCCACUGACAAAUCUACACCCACUGUCCAGAAAAAAGGAGGCUCUUCUGAUCUGGAGUCGCCUGAAUCUCCCUUCGAGGUUCUUGGAGAUCUGAGGCAAGUCAAUGAAUUUGAAGAAACAGAACAGUGGAUGAAGGCUCAUCUACCACCUGUGCCAGACUUUGAUGCAGUCGAUCUAAUAAAAGGAAACUUGACUUCAGACAACGCUAAAUCAAAGGAGGAGAAGGUGACUGACAUGGUCAUACCUGAAGCUCCUGCUGCCUUUGCCGGUGUUCCCGAUGCCUUCAUGGAUUCUCCAGUUGAAGCUCCAAAGCUGAAGGAUGAUGUAAUUGAUGCACAGAAGCAGGCAAGUGUUGAGGGGGAGUCUGAGUUUGACCUGAGCUAUUUGCCAACUGCUUACAUGUGGGAUCAGCAGGAAAAGUCAGGUGUCCCGGCUUUGUCAAACGUCAACCCUGUGCUCCCGUCUUCUCCUCCGCCUCCUGCAGGUUUUGGUUCCCCUACUCCUCCUGCUUCCCCUCCAGUCGCAUCAGACUCCAAGCAGAAGUCUUUGGAUGACAAGAAGCUCAAUUUGACUGGAGAUCUUGAGCCCCCAGAGGCAAGUGAAGCAGACAGCUCUGGAGAGUCAGAUGAUACUGUCAUUGAAGAUGGUGUCACCGCUCCUGCAUCUGUUUCUCCUCCAUCUUCUGAUCCUGCUGCUUCAAAUGAGCCUACUGCUACUCCGGCUUCUGCAGCUCCCAGUCCUCCAGCUGAGGAAAAGGAAGCUCCUCCACUGAGAUCCGAGAGGAAGCUAAUGCAGGUUCCAACAAUCAAUGUUAUUGAGACAGAUGAGCCAAAUUACAGUGAUGAGGAGAUGGAGCUUGAAAUGGAAGAAGAUUAUGAGGUUGUUAAAGACCCUGUUAGAGAGGCUUCAAAAACCCCCGAGCCAGAUGACAGUAAAAAUGAACCACCAAGAAAACGUCCCUUAGAAACAGAAUUCAUGGAAGGCUACUCUCCUCCAUCCUCGCCUGUGGACUCUGAUGAGGAAUACUCUCCUGACCAUAAGAUAGCCAAAUCUUUUCCUGAUACAGUCCUUCAGGAAUCUGGAUCAAAACCUGAUCAGACAGUUACAAAAGACUCUGAAUCUGAAAAACCACAGGCCAUUUCCAAUAAAACAAAGGAAGAAACAAACCCUUUAAUGGGCACAAAUGAAGAAGUGGAUUUCCCAGACAAUGAGGAUGAGUGGUCAGAUGAAGCACAAGAUAUCCUCGUCAAUUCAGGCAAGAGUGAUCUUGUACUCAUGGAAGCAAAUCCUUACGCUCCAUUGAAAGUGGAUGAUAAGAGCAACACAACUGAAAAAGCAGAUUAUAUGGAGACCACUUCCUUUCCUAAAACUAGCUUCAUGCAAGACGAUAUAUAUGACAGACAAUCAUUUGAUUAUGAAUAUGAUGCAUCCUGUCCCUUAGAUGACAUUGAUAACAAAGGGCUUAACAACGCAAAGGAGCGGUUUCUCUCUGAUCCUGCACUUCAAGAAGACCGUCUUAAAGAUGAUGAAGCCGUCACCAAGCCAGUUGCAAGAGAUUAUCCCCAAGAUCCGUAUUCCUCUUUCCAAAGUACAACUGUAGGCAGCAACAUCGAGCAAGAUUUCGGAAAGAAGACUGUAAAGAACAUGGAUAAUAGCAACUCUAUCGCUGCACAAAAUAUUGACACAAAGGUCCAGAAGGACACUAAAACGGAUCCUCAUGCACCUGACAAAACAAGUAAACCAGAAAGCAUUGACCUUGACAGCUCUGAGCCUACAGACAGCUUUGUGGACUUUAUGCGGGAGUGCCUUAAAUCAAGGCAAGAUGAAGAGCUCCAAGAUGUUUCCUCUAAGAACAAGUCUGGGAGCACAGAUUUGCCUCCUUCCCAUCCUACCAUGGUGAUGGAUCUUGAACAAGAAAAGCUAACCAUCAGUGCUCUCAAAGAGCUGGGCAGCAGUCAGGAAGAGGAGGCAAUAUCUCUCCGGUCAAAGGUUCCUGUCAAGGAAAGCAUCAAUGCUACACCUGUACAGCAGUCUUCCUGUCCCUCUGCUCCCAACCCUACAUGUUCCCAAAGCAACCGUGUGUUUGACAGCGCGUAUUCCAAAGAGGUAGACGCCAUCGACGAAUGGGUGGCUGAAGCCUAUCAUCUUGCUGAGCAUGUCUUGACAGCAAUACUAACCCACUUAUCAGUGAACGAUCUGAUCCACUGGCGGGACCCCAAGAAGUCGGGCGUGGUGUUCGGCGUGUCCAUGCUGCUGCUGCUGUCGCUGGCGGCCUUCAGCGUCAUCAGCGUGGUUUCCUACCUGCUGCUCGCUCUGCUCUGCGUCACCAUCACCUUCCGCAUCUACAAGUCUGUGGUCCAGGCCGUGCAGAAGUCCGGCGAGGGACACCCCUUCAAAUGCAUGAUAGAUAAGGAUGUCAGCAUCCCUCCUGAGACUUUCCGGAAGCACGUGGACUGCAGUCUGACCUACAUCAACCGAGCCCUGAAGCAGAUGAGCCGCCUCUUCCUGGUCGAGGACCUCAUCGACUCCCUGAAGCUGGCUGUGGCCAUGUGGCUGUUCACCUACGUCGGAGCUGUUUUCAACGGGAUCACCAUCCUCAUCCUCGCUGACAUCCUCCUGUUCGCCACUCCUCCGAUCUACGAGAAGAACAAGACUCAGAUCGAUCAGUUCAUCGACGUCGUACGCACUCAAGUCAACACCACAAUGGCCAAGUUGCAAGAGAAACUCCCCGGCGCUGUGAAACGCAGCAAAACUGAAUGAUCCUCCCCGUCAUUAGAAACCUCCACAACACCAUCAUCCUCAUCUUCAUCACCACCUUAAACCCCGCCCCCUCCAGUCGAAUAACUCCUCCCCCCCUUCCUCCAUCCACCAUCAGCACCCUCCCGACCUCCCACACUGAACCCCGCUAGGUAGAAAACCUGAGCUACUCGAUAUUCAAUGUAAAACUACUGCGCAGCUUAACUCGCAUUACAGCAUUAAAAAGAACUGUGCCUGUGCAGACAGGAGAGGAAGUGAUGUAACGCCCAGCGGCGGACCCCGGAUGUGUUGUGGGCGGAGCCACAGGGAGAUGGAGGCAGGGUCGAGUGAACUAGACUGAAUCUAUGACCUGGUUUUAGUCGUGUGCAGCGAGCAGUGGGGGGGUGAUGGUCAUUUAAAAAAAAAAAAAGCAAAUGUCUGUACUUUCCCCACAUGUCCCUGAAGGUAACGCCAUAAGUCAAACAAACACGACCUUUCGGGUGUCACUGCGACUUGUCUUCUCGCUCUGCAGCUCUUGUUUGGAUAGAGAUGAGUUUGAAAAGUUGGUUUUUGGGUUCGGCUUGUUGAGUUUGUUUCCAGGCACUUCCUCUGUAUGUAAGUUUUUCUGCAAUGCACUGAAUUUUAAUUUUUUACACACGUCAGCAGGUUGAAAUAAAAAGAUUGGAAACACGGA